CCCUUUUUUUUCCUUUGGCAGCUGCUGUUUCUUUCUUAACUUUUGCUUUUGCUUUUGGGCGUACAGGAGCUCUAGUCUAUGGAUUCAAAGCCUUAUGUUCGUCUUUCUGCAACACAAGGGACACCAGGUAAGCUCGCUCUUUUGAGCUCAUCUUCACUCGCAGGUUCUCUUCCUAUCCGAGCUCCUCCUACUCCUGAUUCUGAUUCUGAAUCUGAUUCUGAAUUCAACGGUCAUGAUUUGGGUUAUAGCAGUAGUUGUAAUAUUAGCAGUAUUGGUUGUGAGAGUGGGUCUGAGUCUGAGGCCUUUGUGACUGGGGAGGAGUUUGAAACGGCGUCGGAGAGGCCAUUGGUGGCAGACCCAGAUGAGGAAGCUCUUGAACAGAGUGACUCUGUUGAAAAAUAUGAGCUUUCUUGCCCUUCUGUGGCCUACCCAGAUGAGUUUGAACCUGUUUUCGAGAAAGUUAUGGUGGAUGAUGCAAUUUCAGAGAGGGUUAUGCCCAUUGCCCAGUUGUCAUGGGAGAGUGAUGAUAAUGAUGUGGUGGGUAGUGAAGAGGUUUUGAGUGAAGUGGAAAAUGGUGAUUUUUUGGGUCAGAUUAGUAUUGCGCCGAGAGUUAAGGUUUCUGAGGUUGAAGAAGGAGAAGAAGAUGAGGCAGUGAAGUGGGAAGAGCCUUUGGUAGUUGAGCAAUCUGAACCUGCCAUAGAGGUAAAUAAUGUUGAAGGUGUUGAGGGUUCGGAUUUGAGUAAUUUUGGCAAAGGUCAAAAUGGAGAUUCUGAUCAAGGUGAAUGGAUUGAAGAUAAUGGUCUUCCUAUGACAGAGACAAAUGAAGCAAAUGCUGAGGAGUUGAGAAUUAAUGUAUUUGAAGAAGAGGAGAAAGCCAAGUAUGUGGCAGAAGAGUCCUUUGUGCAUUGCCCAAAUAGCAAAAGGAAUGGUGUUGAUUUAGGCCUUGAGUGGAGCGAAAAUCAGACUUUGAAUUUGGAAAAUUGUGAUUUAUCUGAGCUUACUAAGGAUGAGGAAUUUGAAAAUGCACUGUGUAGUGAUUUGCUUAAAUCAAUCACGCUGAACUCACUAUCUGUUACUCUCUUAUGCGAGAAUGUGGCAGAAAAUGCUGGUGCUGUGAAAUUUCAAGGCGAUAUAGUAUAUGGAGCCAAAGUGGAAGUGUCUCUCAAGGAGAAGGAUGUCCCUGCAGAGAAAGAACAAACCAGCUUGGUUCUGCUUGGGGAAAAUAUUAGUAUCACACCUGGAGUUAUGGUAGUUGAAGAAGGAGAAGAAUACGGGCCAGUGUUGCGGAAAGAGUCCGUCGUCAUUAAACAGUCUGAACCUUCCAUAGAGCUAAACUGUGUAGAGUGUUCAGACUUUAAAGGCCAAAACGGGGAUUCUAUUCAAGCUGAAAUGAUUGAAGAUAAUGAUCUUGCUGCUGCAGAGAUCAAUGACAACUUUAAUGUAUGGGAAGGAGGGGAGAAGGCCACGUAUGUGGCAGAAGAAUCCAUUGUGCAUUGUCCAAAUAACAAAAGGGACGGUGUUGAUACUAGCAGAAGUUUUGAGGCACUGGAAAAAAUAAUGCAUUUGGGAACUGAUUUUGGUGUUGAGAAGAAUGAAAAUCAAAUUCAGGAAAUCGUGUAUUUGGGUAAUGGCGAUUUGUCUGGAGCUACUGACCUUGAUAGAUUUGAAUAUGCACUGUGUUGUGAUUUCCUUAAAUUGAUCACACCAAGUUCCAAUGUGACACACAAACACAUUUUUAGGGGUCAAACCGAAGUAAGAAAUUUCAACAUAGAUGGAACAGCUGCUAGUUUAACUGUAACUCUUUCAGAUGAGAAUGUGGUCACCGGACUCAAGAUUGAGGAUCAAAUGGCUAUUGGGAAGCACUUGGUUUUGGCUGGAAGUGCUGGAGCUCUGCAGUUUGAAGGUGAAACAGCACAUGGAGCCAAAUUGGAAGUGCGUCUCAAGAAUAAGGAUUGCCCUAAAAGGCAGGACCAAACUGGCGUGGGUUUGUCUCUGAUGAAGUGGGGAGCUGGUCUUGUUCUAACAGCCGAUAUACUAUCUCUGUUCUCUGUUGGAGGUUCUAAAAUGGCUGUUCAUGUUGUAUUGAACAACAAGCAAAGGGGUCAGAUUGCCAUAAGGACAAGCAACUCGGACAAAUUCCAAAGUGCACUUGUUGGUAUUCUUUCAUUUGCAGCUUCAAUCUUUGGGAUUUUCCGUCCUAGAUUUGGUGUUCAAAACUCGACAUAAUAGGUGUAAUUUUCCUUAUGAUGUUGGUUGAUAGUCAAGUUUUGAUGGUGUAAAGCUUAGUGUACAUAAGCCUAUCCCUGUUGGUUUGUUAGUCCAGUUUUAAUAUGCAAGACUUUGAAUCCCUCUCCCUCGUUGAUUUUUUUAUUUUUAUUUUUAAAGAAAUAUUUAUGAAACAGAACCUACAUGUUGAAGUUU